AUGCAGCGGCCCAGCGUUGAGAUUCAGGCCGUUAUCAAAAUGGCCCAUUCAUCGGCCUCACCCGACAUCCAAAAGGCUGCUAUCAAUAAAUACUUCACGUCCGACGCUGGUCUCCGUCAUCCUCUUUAUAAUGUUAAACCUGGUUUUCUGUCUCGGGAAGGAGUUUUGGGAAUCUAUCAGUGGGAGAGAGCACUCGCCCCAAAGAUAGACGUUGAUAUUCGGGAUACGUUCAAAGUUUUCGACAGACUUCGUGGCAUGGUCUACGUAGAUCUCUCUCUGUUAUUGCAUGUUCGCCUUUCCCCUUUCAAACCUGUGCCUUUUCGGACGAUGUCACGCUAUACUCUCCGCAUGAUAGACGGUCUUCACUAUAUAUGUAUGCAAGAAGAUUUUGCCCACCCAGACGAUAUGGCUGCUCUUAUCCUUCCACCUUUCACUCCCAUGAUCAAAUCGCUUUUGUCGCUCAACACCAUGGUGUCCAUUGUUUGGGGGAAGUGGGCCCAGGUAUUCGGGGUUUGGCGAGCACCUUUAGGCGUGGACCACGUCCCAAGCCAAGAUAUAGCCACCAUACCCGCUAGACGCCGCUCAGGCGAAAGCAGACUACGACAGAAAGAGAGACGAGAGCAUAACAGGUCCAUAAGGCGAACGCCUCCGUUGACACCGCCCGAACUUGAAGAUAGUACCUUCGUUGGCGACGACAGCUAUAACGCAGAUUUUGACAUUUUCGAGAGAGAACCGUUUAUCAUCGAGCCAGAGGAGGGGAUCGCCAAUUGGUUCAGACCACCGGAGACGGUACUGGAUCGACCUUUGCUAAGAACGAACGGCAAGAGAUUCAGCGACGAUUUGCGAAGCAUGACUGCAUUUGCAUCGUUUGUAGUACCACCAGAAGACACUCCAGGAUCUCCAAAGAAAUAG